AUGCACCAGCUAGACUAUCGGGAUCCUCCGUUCUCCCUAUGGGACUACCUGCGUGAGGAACUUCUUGCAACUGAUUUCGACUCUCACCAAGAGCUGAAGUGGGAACGUGUCAGCAACUUCCUGGCCAUUCCCUGGGCGGUCGAAAAGAUCAUCGGAUUUGGCUUCAUCUUGUGCCUCGAUUCUUUCCUGUACACCUUCACAAUAUUGCCCAUUCGUUGCGUACUGGCACUGUAUCGCCUUGCAAUGAUCACGCUCCGAUCGAUUAUGUCUCCUGGAAACGGCCGAACCCUUCCUCCGUCGCAGAAAGCCGAUAUUUUGAGGUCUCUGCUGCUAGCAUUGACCGUGGCGAUCCUGGUACCGUUGACGGACGCGAGUAAGAUCUACCAUUCCAUACGAGGUCAAGAUACGAUUAAAUUGUACGUCAUCUUCAACGCGCUCGAGAUCGCCGACCGUCUAUGUGCCGCCAUAGGCCAAGACAUUGUCGACUGUCUAUUCUCACGUUCAAACCUGGUGGUGCUUUCAAGACAUCAGCCCGUCUCAGCUCACACCUUCCGCCCGCUACUAUUCUUCGGACUCGCCCUGGCAUACAACGUCGCCCAUACUCUCGUAAUGAUAUACCAGAUGAUCUGCCUCAACGUGGCGAUCAACUCUUAUGAUCACGCACUGCUUACGCUUCUCGUGUCGAACCAGUUUGUGGAGAUCAAAGGCAGCGUGUUCAAGAAAUUUGAGAAAGACAAUCUCUUCCAAAUCAUGUGUGCAGAUAUCGUUGAGCGGUUUACUCUUGCCCUCAUGCUCUUUAUCGUCGCAUUCCGCAAUUUGAUCGAACUCAGCGGCUCCGCCUUCGACUUCACCGGCGGAUUCUUUCUUCCGCGCAGUUUCGGCUUCUGGAAAGGGAACAACGUCAUGUGGACUAUCUCAUCACCCGUUCUGACCGUAUUGGGCUCCGAGAUGAUUGUCGACUGGCUCAAGCACGCGUUCAUCACGAAAUUCAACCACAUCCGACCGUCUGUCUAUGAACGCUACACGGAUGUGCUCUGUCGCGAUCUCGCGAGCGGGAGCGGGAUGGGCAGGAGGGGUGCUCGCAAGCACUCUUACGUCGACCAGUCCCCGGUGGUCGCCCGACGACUUGGCUUCGCGUCCCUGCCGCUAGCUGUUCUCGCGAUCCUGAUUGGGUCACAGAUGGUCAACCUCCUGUGGUCGAUGCACGCGGACGGCAGCGCUUCGCCGUGGCGGCUGACUGAGGGUCAUACGACCACCGACGAUAUCGUCAAUCGCCUGAAAUGGGCAGCGCUCGCGGCGCUGUUCUGGAUUUGUUCUGUUGUGGUGAAAAUCAUCCUUGGCGUCAAUUUGAUUAGCUAUGCGACCAGGCGGCGGGCUGGAAUGGAAGCUCGGGAGGCGGCAGAUGUUGUGAACGACUUUGGACGGGACCCAAUCGGGGAGGGCGAGGAGGAAAAGAAAUAUAAUCGGGAGCUAACGGCGCUGCUGAACAACAAACGGUAUGACGCUGCACCUGCUGCAGAAAUCGGCGAGACCAAGCCGAAGGUUGGUGGUGGAGGCAAGGAAGGAGGCGGUGGAGGAGGAGGCGGGAAGAAGCGGUUACCCUUGGAAGAAAUCACGCGAUACACGAUGAUCAAGCGUAUAUGGUGA